ACCUUUGCUCAACGGGCGAGGUUUUUUGAACGCCGCCUCCUUCCCAUCUCCCCCUUCCUCUUCGCCUCCCCCAACACAACCGAAGCCGCCCGCGACGCGGUACCCGCAAAAAGCCCCGCGCUUUUACCCCGUCUAGGGUUUCGGGCGCCGGUCUCGCCUCUCCCCGCUGCUCCCUUUGCGCUAUCUCUCGCCCCCGAUUCGAUCGUCUCCGAUUCCCCGAUCUAUGGGUUAUCCGGUGGCGGCAGUGUUGAUGAGGUGGUUGCGGCGGUAGAUGGGCGCGAUGGCGGCGGUGAAGGCGGAGGAGCACGAGGGGAGCGCGGGGAACUGGCGGAAUCUGGUGGCGUCGAGCCCGUCUCCGUCGGUGUCGGAGGCCGGAAGCUAUGGAAGCGGAGCGCGGAUGUCGCCGGUGGUGUCUAGCCCAGUGGACCCCGUCUCUGGUCGCAGGCGAACAAGUGGCCCUGUAAGGAGAGCUAAGGGUGGCUGGACACCCGAAGAGGAUCAAACAUUGCGGAAAGCAGUGGAUGUGUUUAAGGGUAGACAUUGGAAGAAGAUAGCUGAAUCUUUCCCUGAUAGGACAGAGGUACAAUGUCUGCAUAGAUGGCAAAAAGUUCUUAAUCCUGAACUUAUAAAAGGUCCUUGGACCCAAGAGGAAGAUGAUAUCAUUAUCAAUAUGGUAAAGAAGCAUGGCCCCCAAAAAUGGUCUGUGAUAGCAAGGUCACUAGAUGGUCGCAUUGGCAAACAAUGCCGAGAGAGGUGGCAUAAUCAUUUGGAUCCACAAAUAAAGAAAGGGCCCUGGACUGUUGAGGAGGAGCGUGUGCUUGCUAAUGCUCAUCGUUUGUAUGGGAACAAAUGGGCUGAUAUUGCAAAACUUCUUCCUGGAAGGACAGACAACUCGAUAAAAAACCAUUGGAAUAGUUCGUUAAAGAAAAGGUUAGGUGACUACAAUGCCAGCAGCACUCUGCCAGUUUCUGCGCAUGCCAUUCAUAAUAGUUUGAAACAUGCAAAGCUACCAACUGCCGGGAACCAUAAACAUACAAAGCUACCAACUGCCAGGAACCAUAUUGACUUGAACAAGGAGCCCAAUAUCAAAUUGAAAGGUCCUGAAGAAAUAGCUGGCCAUUCUGAGCAUACAUCUCGUCUGCACUCUUGCAAUUUGAAAGAUAUAAAGAGCUGUUCAGAUUUCCUUUCUCUUUCUGUGCCAAAUGCUCAGCCAGAAAUUUUGUGUGAGGCAGUAGCAGCUGACAAUUCUGCUGUUGCUUUAGCAAUACAAGGGCUGAAAAUUGAUUCUGUUCAUGACAAGGGUACAGAAAUAAAUUUUGUUUCGGAGAAGGGUCUGGAAAUUGACUCGCUCAAUGUGGAGGCACUGGAAGUUGAUCGCUUAACAUAUACAAUUGGGUGUUCAGGAUCAGCUAAGGUAGAAGGCGAAACAGCCAAUAUCGUGUGCGAAUUAUCCUUGCCGAAUGAUUCUACCUCCUCAUUUGGUUCUCUUUGUUAUCAGAUACCUAAGCUAGAAGAUAUUGUCCCUGCUCACUCUCCAGUUUUUUCUACACAUCAUGUACAAGAAUACUCUGGGGAUGUAUUCCAAUCACCCGUUGGCUAUACUUCUUCCUCUCUAAUGAAUGGAAACAUGUCAGACCAGCUAAGUGUUGAAUCAAUAUUAAAGAGUGCAGCUGAAAACUUCCCAGGUACUCCUUCAAUAUUAAGAAGAAGAAAAAGGGAGAAACCAACGCAUGUUCAAGGUAGUAAUUUGAAGAUUGAUAUAUUAAAUAGUGAUAGUUUUCAUACUCCCUUGGGAAAGUUUACCGCAGAAAGCCCACAUUCGUUCAAAACUGCAACAUUUUUGUCCUUGGGUCCUCCAGAUGAUGAAGGGUUAUCUGCUGCUUUAGGGAGUUUUGAUGUUUCCCCUCCUUAUCGACUAAGGUCAAAAAGGAUGGCUGUCUUGAAAACGGUUGAGAAGCAUCUAGAUUUUUCGUCAGAUGGAAUGGACAAUUGCUAUACGCCUGAUAAUGUGAAGUCUGCUUCCUGGGAUACCAAAUGCACCAAUUCCAGCACAGAUGUUUCUAGUAUGCAAGAAAAGAAAAUGAAGGAGCAUAUGAUUGGAUUGGAAACAUUAGCCAAGGACUUUGCGCUCACAACCAAGUUAGACGUAAUCUAAUUCUACAGUAUGCAGAAACAAUUGGCAUUCUGCUGAAGUGGGCAAGAAGACCUGAUGCGUCUGACUGUUCCUAAAUGCAAAUAGAAAGCACUGACAAGAGAAACAGAACAUUUCGCAGUUGGAUUUGUCUACCCAGCCAUCUCUCCUUGGUGGGGUGUACAAAGUCGUUUCUUAUCCUAGUGAUUCUUUUAUAUAUAUAUAUAUAUAGGAUACAGUUUGAUAGUUACAUUCUGUGGGUUACAGUUAAGUAAUUCAAUAUUACAAGGUGUGAAACUGUGUACAAAGAAAAAACAUAUCUUUAGAAACUUACAGUUGAAAGACGAAAAGCAAUUGUCAACUGUCUCAGUGGAGUCCCCAGAUACUGUUCUUUCUCCAACUUUUAUACUCAGCUAGCGAUGAUGAAGUGAGGAUGCUGUGCCUGAAGAACUUCGAUGAAUGUAAAAUUGGGCAAUAUGCAUAAUUGAUUGAUCAUUCAUGCAUUGUGUUUCUGUUCUGCGUGGUUUCGCCUGUACAAUGUGAUGCCAAACCGGGUUGCCUGUAACAGGUCGGAAUUUUCUGGAAAUGUUUUCUAUAUGCCACAGUGGCUUUUGUAGGCAUCUAUAAGGUGAGCCGACGUUAGAUGUAAUUGCUACUAACUUGUAUCGGGAAAACUUUCCUGUGGCGGCACAUUCUGUUCUUCAUAAUAUCAGGCGACAUUUUAUUCUCCAA